CGGGCAGGCAGCUCCAUGAGGGCACCCCUGGGCACGGGCGAUGGGAUGGGUUCGGUGCCGGUGCCCGGUUGCGUUCGGUGCCGGUGCCCAGUUGGGCUCGGUCCCGUUCAGCGCUGCCCCCGGCCGUGCCAGGCCUGUGCCAGGGGGUUCCUGCUGCGGCGGCGCCUGCGGAGCGUGCGGGCGGAGUUCGAGGCCGCCGUGCUGGAGAUCGAGGGCGACCUGAGGCAGCUGCGCUGGAGCGGCCGCGUCCUGCAGCGGCCGCGCUUCGGCCCCGAGGACGCUCCCGGCCCUGCCCCCGCAGGAUUUGGCGCUCCCGGUGCAGCCCGGCCUGCCCAGCACUCUCCAGGAAAACCUUUGGAUCCGGGGGAGGCUGCAGAGAACAAAAAAAGAAAAAAAUGCCACAAGUUGAAUCCUGGUGGAGCAGAGCGGGGUGGGAACAUAAUGCCCUCAACCCCAAACCCCAAAAACCCCAAAAGCACCCAAAACCCCCCAGAUUUGGUGUGUGGUGCUGCUGAAGGCCCUGAGGAGGAAGAGGAGGGAGCCCUGGAGUGGGACAGUGACAGCAGCGAGCUGGGAGCCAGCACAGAAAUCCCAGAGGAGCUGCAGGGGCUGCCCCGUUGGGAGCUGCAGGCCCUCAGGACUCGGCUGCUGCUGGAGCUGCUGUGGGUCCAACAGGCCAUUGCCAGCAGGAAACAGCUGUUCCUGCCUGGCUCACUGGUUUCUCCUGGUGUCUCCAUGGCUGAGGGAGGGGUGGCCAGGACAGGACAGGAGCUUUGGGACUUCCCAAACUGUGACAGGUAGGUGACAGCACCUGGACAGGGGUGGGACACGAGUGCUGAUCCAGGAAUCCUGGGGGAUAAAUCCUGCAGGAUCAGAGAGCCCUGAGGAUGUACAGGAGGGUUUGGGGUGCUCAGGAGGCUGCUCAGGAGGUUUAGGGUUGUCAGAAGGGUUUGGGGUGGCUGGAAAGGUUUGGGAUUCUCAGAAGGGUUUGGGAUUGAUUGUCAGAAGGGUUCAGGGUAACUGGAAGAAGUUGGUUUGGGCUUGGCAAAAGGGUUUGGGUGCAGUGAGGGGCUGCUUGGAAGGGUUUAGGGUGGCUGGAAGGAUUUGGGAUCAGUGAGGUUGAAGGGUUUGGGGUGCUCAGGAGGCUUUAGGGUGCUCAGAAGGGUUUGGGGUGGGCAGAAGGGUUUAGGAUAACUGGAAGGGUUUGGUUUGGGCUCAGUGAGGGGCUGCUUGGAAGGGUUUAGAGGUGGCCAGAAGGUUUUGGGGUGCUCAGGAGGGUUUGGGAUCAGUGAGUGGC